CAAACAGUAAACUGCGUGUUCAUGAAGUCAAGUUUUUAGUUGAGUUAUACAAAAUCUACAGAUUAAUAUCGCAAAAAAAGCUCCCUUUCCUCACAGCGUAUAUGACGUAUUUGCUGUGCGACGGACGUCGGAAGACAUGCGAGCUACUGCUACUGUUGUGUCUUCUUAGCUACACUAGCGUACAUAAAUGUUGUUGUUGAGGGGAUUAUAAAGUAUUUUUAUUUAACACAUGUUAACGCCAAGUUACAGUGCACUCGUGUUUAUUCAAACAGUCAAAGACAUCGACGAAGAAGGCGACAGCUGACUUUCAUUCAAUGAAGCGUUGGCAUCACAAUUAGCAUUUUUUUGUUGCAACGAUAAUAAUAUCCAGCAUUCGACGCGGCCCAGCUUCCAAACGGAUUUACAUUUAAACGCAUCGGCCAUUAAACGGUGACGCGCUGGCGCAGGUUGCAGGGUGUCCGUGGAUAAUGCGAGACAGUGGCGGUAGCCUGACCCAGAACCGCUGGCAGGGAGAUCUGGGUCUGACUGCUGUGGGCCAGGACGACACCGGAGGAGGCGGGAUCCCAGCAGACCACCUCAUCGUCCCGGUUUCGGACCACAGCAUUCCCAGCCCGAUGCACCUCCGACUGGGCCAGAAGGAGAAUGCAUGGCAGGGUGAGUUUGUCGAGGAUGAGGACGAGGAGGAGGAUGAGGAGGAGGACGAGGAGGAGGAAGAGGAUGGGAUCAGCUGGAUCGAGGCCAUCGGUGAUGAGGAAGACCAUCCCAAACUGAAUGUGGGGGGUGCUGAAUUUGAGGGGGAUUGUUGGGAAGAGAACGAGGCAGAAGAAGAGUAUCAUGGAGAGCAGGUGGCCGUCGUGGAAAGGAGCAUCCCUGACUUUUCCUCCCAGUCCGCCCAGUACCCAAAUGUUGCACCGUCGCAGAGGACAGAAGACGACGGCGUUGCAGACGAGGCAUAUUCCCAGGCCGGAGCGCUAGGACGUCACUUUUUCCAGUCCCGUCGUAACAGCUUCCGCUCUCUGCGGCGCUCCCGCCGCCGUUUACGGCUCCAUGGCGGCACCGGCUUCCGGCUCAGCCAGCACUGGAAGAGCUGGCGGCAGCGUGCCCAGUGGGCGUAUUUCCUGUGGCUGCGAUGGAGCCUCAAACGAAAGUACAAUUGUUACGGAAAACACAGGCGGGUAAAGCGCUACCGGACAUCUCCACACAUGGAUGAUGAAGACCAGCGCGAGGCUAACGUGAGGUUCACGCAGCCAAGUAAAGACAAGCGGUGUAGCGUCUCGUCGGACAGACCAGGAGACAGAGGAAGACAGGAAAUCCAGGCCAAACCAGCGGAGCCUUCGCUUUCCGAAGAACACAUGAGCUGCGUGACUGGUAUUCUUGAGGAAUCGCUGCAGAAGUACGGCAGUUUGAUCCCAGUCCAUGUCGAAGACAUCACGGAGAGGCUUCAGGACAUCUUCGCAGAUAACUUUUCCCAACCGCACAGGAAAGCGGUGGUCCAACACUUAAUACAGUCCUUCCAGCGCUCCUCUGGGUCCAGUCUGGCCAAAACGUUUCGAGUCAACUACAAACGCCACGUCCUGACCAUGGACGACCUCGGUACGCUGUACGGGCAGAACUGGCUCAACGACCAGAUUAUGAACAUGUAUGGCGAUCUGGUCAUGGACUCGGUUCCAGAGAAGGUUCACUUUUUCAACAGCUUUUUUUACGAUAAGUUGAGGACUAAAGGUUACGAAGGCGUCAAGCGGUGGACAAAAAACGUGGAUAUCUUCCAGAAGGAUCUGUUGUUGAUCCCCAUCCACCUGGAAGUCCACUGGUCCCUGGUGAGCGUCGACAUUCCCCGCAAAGCCAUCACCUACUUUGACUCUCAGCGGACGCUCAAUAGACGCUGCCCAAAGCACAUUUUUAAGUACCUGCAAGCAGAAGCCAUCAAAAAAGAUCAACCAGACUUUUUGGCCGGGUGGAAGGGAUUUUUCAAAAUGAACGUGGGGCGCCAAAACAAUGACAGCGACUGCGGGGCGUUUGUGUUGCAGUACUGCAAGUGUCUGGCGCUGGGGCAGCCGUUUGAUUUUGGCCAGCAGGACAUGCCGCGCCUGCGGAGGCAAAUGUACAAAGAACUGUGUCACUGUAAGCUGACCCUGUGACCCCUUGCCUCCCGCCAUUGGAGGAGGGAUGCUGGCCAAGAUGGACGGCCAACAUCAGCUUCUUCUUCUACUACUUGUUUGUGUCGUCCCCCGCCUGUAGUCAUCAACUCUAAUGCCGUAACAUUCUGUAUAUAAGCGUACGACGCAAGAAUUCUACUGUUCCACUCUUUAACUCUGACAAUCGGCGACCACCCUCCCGGGAGAAAAUUGACGCAUCGUGGGGCUCCAGUGCCACAGGUUGGAGCUCCCGUUAUCAAGGUCAUUGACUUUUUUUCUUCGUCAGUAAAUAGGUCUCAACACUUUGCUAAAUGUGGAUUUUUGUGGGGGAGAACACACAAAUUGGCUUUUUUUUAUUGUGACAUUUGAGUUCCAAAAUGUUAAAAAAAAAAAAAAAAUGUUGGAGCCGCUCUUUUUUUUUUUUAUUUGUUUUUUGACUCUCCCCCAAAAGUGAGUUGAUGCAACUGUUUUAUAUAUCUUCUACAAUGCAUUCUGGUUACUCAAAAUUAAAAAUGUGGCCUACCAGUG